CGCUGCGUCCCCUUCUCCUUCUGCCAGGACCUCCACAACAAGUGUCAGCAGAGCAAGAACAGCGACUGCCACCAGUUCGUCAUCCACAAUGGAGCCUGUAUACCAGAAUGCCCCUCCGGGUAUACUACUGUAAACUCCUCCACGUUGGUCUGUACUCCGUGUGCUGGGCUAUGUCCUAAGGUGUGUAUGGGCCUGAAAAUGGUGGACUCUGUGACAGCAGCCCAGGCUCUGAGAGGAUGCACCGUUCUCAACGGCAGCAUGGAUAUCAACCUUAGAGGAGGAAAUAACAUAGCAGCAGAGCUGGAGGCUAACCUUGGACAGCUGGAGGAGAUUACAGGCUUCCUGAAGGUCCGGCGCUCCUACGCUCUCGUCUCGCUCUCUUUCCUCCGCAACCUACGGGUCAUCAGAGGGGACACACUGAUGGACGGGGGCUACUCGUUCUACGCACAUGACAACCAGAACCUGCGUCAGCUGUGGGACUGGACCCAACACAGCCUGAGCAUCCUGCAGGGACGCAUGUUCUUUCAACUCAAUGCUAAGCUCUGCAUGUCAGAGAUACGCAAGAUGGAGGAGGUGACGGGCACCAGGGACAGGCAUACCAAGAACAACAUCGUAUCGAAGACCAACGGAGACCAGGCCUCCUGUGAGAACCAGGAGUUAAGGUUCACUCAGGUGCGUGCUACACAUGACAAGAUCAUGAUCAAGUGGGAACCGUUCUGGCCUCCCGACUUCAGAGACCUGCUGGGCUUCAUGGUCUUCUACAAGGAAGCGCCUUACCCCAACGUGACAGAGUUUGAUGGCCAGGAUGCGUGUGGUUCCAACUGGGUGAUCAUUGACCUGGACCCCCCAGCCCGGGCAACAGACGGAAACGCACAACAGGAGCCAGGUACCUUGAUCUUGGCUUUGAAGCCCUGGACGCAGUACGCCAUCAUGGUCAAGACCCAGCUCUCUGCCUCUGAUGAACACCAGGUCCUCGGGGCCAAGAGCAAGAUCACCUACGUCAGGACAGACGCCACCAAGCCCUCGGUGCCCCUGGACCCCAUCUCCUCCUCCAACUCUUCCUCUCAGAUCCUCCUGAAGUGGAAACCUCCCACGGAUCCCAACGGGAACAUCACUCACUACCUGGUGUACUGUCAGCAGCAGCCCGAGGCCAGCGAACUCUACAAGUUCGAUUACUGUCAGAAAGGUAUGAAGCUGCCUUCGCGGGUGCCCACCCAGGUCGACAGUGACGAAGAGGCUAAGUGGAACCAGACUGAGGAUGAGGGUCAGGGUGGCCGCUGUUGUGCCUGUCCCAAAACAGAAAAACAACUGAAGAAGGAGGCUGAGGACUCAGAGUACCGCAAGACCUUUGAGAACUACAUCCACAAUGAGGUCUUCCUGCUCAAAUCAACCAGACAGCGCCGCUCAGCCAUGGGUGUAGCUAAUGAGACGCAGCCUGCGUUCGUGACAAAGCCCCCCACCCUGCCGGAAGGUUACUCCACCAGCGGCCCAGACGAUGAUGAGGAUGGUGCGGAGAGCACUAAGAUCCAGCUGACAGUGUUCUCCAAGGAGUCCACGGUCAUCUCCGGCCUCCGACACUUCACCUCGUACCAGAUCGAUGUGUUGGCCUGCAACCACCCCACAAACCCGUCACGCUGCAGUAUGGCAGCCUUCGUCUCAGCUCGCACCAUGCCUGAGGACAAAGCAGAUGACAUCGUGGGCCCCAUCAGCUAUGAUGUGUCUGAGUACUCUGUUCAAAUCAAAUGGCUGGAGCCUAAAGCUCCCAAUGGAAUGAUCAUCCUGUACGAAGUCAACUACAAGAGACUGGGAGACACAGAGGAGUUGCACCACUGUGUGUCCAGGAAGAUGUACCAGCAGUCGGAGGGCUGCAGGCUGAGAGUGGUGCACCCUGGGAACUACACUGUGAGGAUCCGAGCCACGUCGCUGGCAGGAAACGGCUCCUGGACCGACCCCACACACUUCUACGUACAGGACCUCCGGGUGGACCCAUCCAACCUAUUGAUUAUCAUUGGUCCAGUCAUCUUCAUAGUUCUACUGAUACUGGUGGCAGCGGGAGGAUUCGUCAUUUUCAGGAAGAAGCAAACCCAGGGCCCCUCUGGACCCCUCUACACCUCUUCUAACCCAGAGUACCUCAGUGCUGCUGACAUGUACGAGCCAGAUGACUGGGAGGUGGGCAGGGAUAAGAUUAACAUCCUACGAGAGCUGGGUCAGGGCUCGUUCGGCAUGGUCUACGAGGGCAUCGCCAAGGACAUUGUGAAGGGAGAGCCAGAGACGCAUGUGGCAGUGAAGACGGUCAACGAGUCGGCCAGUCUGAGAGAGAGGAUAGAGUUCCUCAACGAGGCCUCCGUCAUGAAGGGCUUCACCUGCCACCAUGUGGUGCGUCUGAUGGGUGUGGUCUCUAAGGGCCAGCCCACUCUAGUUGUCAUGGAGCUGAUGACCCAUGGCGACCUGAAGAGCUACCUGCGCUGCCUCCGCCCCGACUCUGAGAAUAACCCUACUGGGAGCCCGCCCCCCACGCUGAGGGAGAUGGUCCAGAUGACAGCAGAGAUAGCAGACGGCAUGGCCUACCUCAACGCCAAAAAGUUUGUCCACAGAGACCUGGCCGCUAGGAACUGCAUGGUGGCGCAGGACUUCACUGUCAAGAUAGGAGACUUUGGUAUGACCAGAGACAUCUAUGAGACGGACUACUACCGUAAGGGAGGGAAGGGUCUUCUUCCUGUCCGCUGGAUGGCUCCUGAGUCUCUAAAGGAUGGAGUGUUCACCGCACACUCUGACUGCUGGUCAUUUGGGGUGGUGUUGUGGGAGAUCAGUACCCUAGCAGAGCAGCCGUACCAGGGCCUGUCUAACGAGCAGGUCCUGAAGUUCGUCAUGGAUGGAGGAUAUCUGGACCGACCAGACAACUGUGCUGACCGGCUACACAAUCUGAUGUCAAUGUGCUGGCAGUACAACCCCAAGCUGCGUCCCAGCUUCCAGGAGAUCAUUGAGAUGCUCCACAAGGACCUUCACCAGUCCUUCCAGGAGGUCUCCUUCUACUAUAGCCAGGAGAACAAGCCUCCGGAGCAGGAGGACUUUGACCUGGACAUGGACAACAUGGAGAGCAUUCCCCUAGACCCAUCCUCUUACUCCCAGAGAGGGGACCACAGUUCCUCUUACUCCCAGAGAGGGGACCACAGUUCAUCUUACUCCCAGAGAGGGGACCACAGUUCCUCCUACUCCCAGAGAGGGGACCACAGCUCUGAGCGGGACGAGGCGGGUUCGUCACUGGGGUUGAGACAAAACAACUACGAGGAACACAUCCUGUACACACACAUGAACGGGGGAAAGACUAACGGACAACAAACACUAGCCCUCCCUCGGUCUAGUCCCUCCUAACAGAACAUUAUAUGGGGGUAAGGGUCUAGUCCCUCCUAACAGAACAUUAUAUGGGGGUAAGGGUCUAGUCCAGGGGUUUGCAACUCUAGUCCUCUGGGGCCUGAUUGGUGUCAUACUUUUACCUCCAUCCUAUCAAACACAGCUGAUUAAUCAAAUUGCGUUCUAAACUGAAGAUCAUGAUUCGUUGAUUAUUGGAGUCAGGUGUGUUAGCUGGGGCAAAACUUUGACACCUAUCAGGCCCACGAGGACUGGAAUUGCCCACCCUCGGUCUAGUCCCUCCUAACAGAACAUUAUAUGGGUAAGGGUCUAGUCCCUCCUAACAGAACAUAAUAAGGGGUACGGGUCUAAUCCCUCCUAACAGAACAUUAUAUGGGGUAAGGGUCUAUCUAGUCCUACCUAACAGAACAUUAUAUGGGGUACGGUUCUAGUCCCUCCUAACAGAACAUUAUAUUGGGGUAGGGGUCUAGUCCCCCUAACAGAACAUUUAAAUGGGGUAAGGGUCUAGUCCCUCCUAACAGAACAUUAUAUUGGGUAAGGGUCUAGUCCCUUCAAACAGAACAUUAUAUUGGGUAAGGGUCUAGUCCCUCCUAACAGAACAUUAUAUUGGGUAAGGGUCUAGUCCCUCCUAACAGAACAUUAUAUUGGGUAAGGGGUCUAGUCCUUCCUAACAGAACAUUAUAUUGGGUACGGGUCUAGUCCCUCCUAACAGAACAUUAUAUGGGUAAGGGUCUAGUCCCUCUUAACAGAACAUUAUAUUGGGUAAGGGUCUAGUCCCUCCUAACAGAACAUUAUCCCCAUGUCUUUCUCUCACACAGAUGAAUUGAUAUGAAUAUAGUUUUGUUGUUUUGUAUAGAUGAUCACUUUUUUCACUUGUUCAGAGGCCUCCUGGAAGUACACAUCUCAAGGACAUUAUUGCUCUCUGUUGUCAAGAUGCCACCCUUAUUACACUACAGUAUGUAGCCAUGUUGUCCAAUGUCAACCAGGAGAGAACAUACAACCAACCACACGUACACUUUUUGUAUUCAAGAAAGACGAACCUCCCUCUCUACUGCUUCUCUCUUGUCCUCAAUCUUUUUUUUCUUUUUUUAAUAUUGCCAAGUUUCCACGAAUGUGUGGCAGAGGUAGAAAUCAACUGUGAAAAUAAUUAAACUUUGGGUCAACCUGAAGGCUGCUAACCCCAGGACUUUCCAGACUGUCCCUUCCCCAACCUGAGGCUCUCUCCCUGGGCAGCUCAGCCCUCGCUGGGUCCCUAGGUCUCCCUGGGCCAUGGAGGUCCCCCAUGGUGUCGCUCAGUGUAAAAGUGCCCUUUUAUCUCUGUCUGUAACCUGCAUCUUAUGUCACGGAGCUGUGUGUCUGUCUGUGACCUGCAUCUAAUGUCAUGGAGCUGUGUGUCUGUCUGUGACCUGCAUCUAAUGUCAUGGAGCUGUGUGUCUGUCUGUGACCUGCAUCUAAUGUCAUGGAGCUGUGUGUCUGUCUGUGACCUGCAUCUAAUGUCAUGGAGCUGUGUGUCUGUCUGUGACCUGCAUCUAAUGUCAUGGAGCUGUGUGUCUGUCUGUGACCUGCAUCUAAUGUCAUGGAGCUGUGUGUCUGUCUGUGACCUGCAUCUAAUGUCAUGGAGCUGUGUGUCUGUCUGUGACCUGCAUCUAAUGUCAUGGAGCUGUGUGUCUGUCUGUGACCUGCAUCUAAUGUCAUGGAGCUGUGUGUCUGUCUGUCUGUGACCUGCAUCGAAUGUCAUGGAGCUGUGUGUCUGUCUGUGACCUGCAUCUAAUGUCAUGGAGCUGUGUGUCUGUCUGUGACCUGCAUCUAAUGUCAUGGAGCUGUGUGUCUGUCUGUGACCUGCAUCUAAUGUCAUGGAGCUGUGUGUCUGUCUGUGACCUGCAUCUAAUGUCAUGGAGCUGUGUGUCUGUCUGUGACCUGCAUCGAAUGUCAUGGAGCUGUGUCUGUCUGUGACCUGCAUCGAAUGUCAUGGAGCUGUGUGUCUGUCUGUGACCUGCAUCGAAUGUCAUGGAGCUGUGUGUCUGUCUGUGACCUGCAUCGAAUGUCAUGGAGCUGUCUGUCUGUGACCUGCAUCGAAUGUCAUGGAGCUGUGUGUCUGUCUGUGACCUGCAUCGAAUGUCAUGGAGCUGUGUCUGUCUGUGACCUGCAUCGAAUGUCAUGGAGCUGUGUCUUUGUACUCUCAAGUUGUCAAGGAACGACAGACUUUCUGAGACUUGAGAACUAGCUAACUUCUGGAUUGAUGAAUGUGUCAAAUCCAUUUUCGAAUCUUCGAACAAACUUUAUCGAUCCACUGGAGAAGCUUGUUGUCAUCUCUCCUCACACUCUGCAGUAUUACAAACAUCACAUAAAGAAUUAACAUAUUUCUUUGGUUAUAUAUUUUUUUAUUUAUUUAGGUUUCAUUUUCUCAUUUUGAGUUUUCACAUUUACAGCUGAAGGAUAUUUAAAAAAUCUGAGGGGGGGAGAAAAAAAAACAUUUUUACAAAAAAAGAGUUCCUCAGAUGACCAAUAGAUGCUUCUUUUGGUAUAUUUUAGUGGGUAUAGAAAAUAUAUAUAUAUAAAUAUAUUAUUGAUGGUUUUUUUCUACAUAGUUGUUGACAUUGUGUUUCAUGAGGUAUUUCCGGUCUGUUUACAUGUUUGUCUUUUAUGUUUAUUGUUUCUAAUCCAGAAAUCAUACUAAUAAUCAUUUGGACUUGUGAUCGACCAGCAGCACUUGGUCUUUCCUCUCCGUAUCAGAUGCACAGUAGGAGAAGGAGGAGGAGGAGGAGGAGGAGCUUGGCCCAUUGAUAUCAAACUGUCUGCUCUAGAUAAAUAAAGCAGUGUGGUGCAACAUGACAACG